AAGACAGACACAGAGAGAGAAAGAAAAGUAAAAAGGAGAAAUAGGGAGGGAGCGAGAGACCACCACCGCCGCCGCGGCAACGCUUUCCCCCCCGAUCAGUUCACCGCUCUUUACCUUCCGAUCGUCGGAUAUCUUCGCUGGAUUGAUUCUAUUCUCUAUCGGCGUUGUUCUGUUUCGGAUUUCGAUGACUGAUGAGGUGAAUGAUUUGGGUAGGGUUUUGUUGAUUCGUGUGGGACGGGAAUUUUAACUGUGUGGUGGAGGCGCUUCGCGUGCUGUUUCCUCCACCGUGCUAGCGGCCGGGGAUUGCGCGGUCAAAUGUCGCAACGGCGAUCGUCGUCGGUUGAUUGUCCCUCUCAGCGUACUGCCGGUGGCGGCGCCGCUUCUCCUUCAUCUGCCGCCGCCGCCGAUCACCGCGGCUCGGCCAAGCGCAAGUUGGACGAUUACGUGUCUUCCAUCGAGGAGGACGAUGAGGACCUGGUCAGCGUGAGAAUGCGGAAGGACGAUUCCCCCUCCGCCGUUAACUCCUCUUCCGACGUUCAGAACCACAGUCUCGUUUCAUCGAGCGGUGGUGGGGUUGGGCCCGUCUCCAGCUCAGCAGCCGCCUCCGCCGGUGACCUCUCGUCUCUUCCUUCUUGUUCGCGCACGGCUUCGCCUCCUGCCGUGGGGCUCGCUGCGUCGGUUACGAGGCUCCAGUUCUUCGUCCGGAUGAUCUCCACCGGGAAUCACAUUGUUAUUAAUGCCAGUUCGGAGGACACCGUGGGAAAGAUUCUGAUGAGAAUUCAGGACAUCACUGGGAUUCCUGCUUACGAGCAGAGGUUAAUUUACAACGGGAAGCAGCUGCAGGCGGAGCAAUCACUGGCGGAGUGUGCGAUUCAGAAGGAUGCCGCACUUCAUUUAGUUGGCCGGAUGCGGAGUACGAAGCAUCCACAGACUUGCCGGCUAGUCGAGCAGUUAGUAAUGCUUAUUUGCAAACUAUGUAGAGGGGGAAUGCCAUCUUCCGCUCAUGCCCCUAAGCAUGUUACAAACUUGGUGGCCGAGUUCUUCAAAUUGACUGGAAAUAGUGAAAUUGAGGAUGCAGGCGGCCAUUUUGAGAUUUUCAUGUCAUAUUCUGCUCCAGCAGCAUUAGUGAUGCUGUAUAUCUCGACCAACAAAGGUAACAAAGAAUGCGCUGAUACUUCGAUUAAGCACUUCUUAAACGCCUGUAGAGAUUUGCCGAAGUCAUUGCAUGCCAACUGUGCACCUGUUAUCUUAGAAUUUUGCAAUUUGCUUAGAAAGGUUGCUAAUGACGAUCUUCUGUAUGUCUGCUGUCGAAGCACUCUUGGUUCAUUCUUGGAAAAUGAUUUGGGGUGGCGCUGGUCAUUCAAGUGUGAGGUAGGUUUGGAUGAUGUAAAGGCGUCUAUUACGAUAGCAGAUGUUUUCCCUUUUGUUAAGGAGUUAGCUAUUAGGUUGUGCUAUGGUCUGGAUUUGAAUCUGCAGACUCCAGGGAGUUUUCUACGACCAUCUGCUACUGAUGUCCGUGACUUCUCUGCAUUCUUGUCACCUUUUCGGGCUGCUAUAUCGGAGCAUUUAGGAACUGAGCCACCUGUUUCCAUGCCUUUGAGCAAGAGAGAAAUUAGACAUCUAUUAUAUAUUGAAGAGGUUGAGCAGCUUCAUGUUAUAUUUAAGGCCUUGUUAACGAAGAUGGAUCGGUGCCUUCUUAAGUUGGACGCCUCAACUUUGAAGUCAUCUGGAGAAGGUGAGUUGAGCCGUACAUCAGGGUCUCAGUAUCUUGCUAUUUUGAAGGAACUGAAUGAAAUAGCUAAGCUUUACCAGAAGGCCGGAGAACAAUUCUGGACACUUAUGAAACUUAGAAAGACUUCUAUUUGUGGUUUGAUUGUUAAAUAUGCAAAAAGAACCGAUGACCAUCAAUGGCUUCUUAUGCACAAGGAGGUGACUGAUUUUGAGUCGCGGAGGCAUUUGGCUAUGAUGAUGUUACCUGAGGUGAAAGAAGACUACGAGGAUCUGUUUGAAAUGCUUAUUGACAGGGCACACUUGUUGGAGGAGUCAUUUGCAUACAUAGGCCGUGCUGAAUCUGAGUCGUUGCAUGGAGGUUUAUUUAUGGAAUUCAAAAACGAGGAAGCUACUGGUCCUGGUGUAAUGCGAGAGUGGUUUCCCUUGGUAGUUGAGGCUAUAUUCAACCCAGAGAAUGCUCUUUUCCUGGCAUGCCCAAAUGAUCGCAGAAGGUUCUACCCUAAUCCUGCAUCUAAGGUGCAACCAAGGCAUCUCGAGUUUUUCAACUUCUCUGGUCGGGUAAUUGCAUUAGCUUUGAUGCACAAAGUACAAGUUGGAAUAGUUCUAGAUCGCGUCCUUUUCUUGCAAUUAGCUGGAGCAGACAUACAUCUGGAAGACAUAAGGGAUGCAGACCCGAUCCUCUACAGUAGCUGCAAGCAAAUUCUGGAUAUGGAUGCUGAGUUUAUUGAUUCCGAUGCUCUAGGACUUACAUUUGUUAGAGAAUUCGAGGAGUUGGGAUCCAGGAAGGUUGUGCAACUCUGUCCCAAUGGGAAAAAUAUCAUAGUUAAUAGCAAGAACCGAGAAGAAUAUAUCAAACUCUUGAUUCACCAUCGAUUCGUAACGUCAAUCUCGGAACAGGUCUCACAUUUUGCACGGGGCUUCUCUGAUAUUCUUUUGAAGGGAAGCCUCCCUAGUUUCUUUUUUCGAAGUUUGGAGCUUCAAGAUCUUGAUUGGGUGCUGUAUGGGAGUGAUGCUCCUAUCUGCGUUGAGGAUUGGAAGGAACAUACCGACUACAAUGGCUUUGAAGAAACUGAUCCUCAGAUAUCCUGGUUCUGGAAGAUUGUUGGGGAAAUGUCAGCUGAGCAAAGGAGAAUACUACUCUUUUUUUGGACAUCGGUGAUGUAUCUACCUGUAGAGGGUUUCGAAGGCUUGACUUCCCGACUCUACAUAUACAAGUCCGCGGAACCAAAUGAUCGCCUGCCUUCAUCGCACACAUGCUUCCACCGCAUUUGCUUCCCGCCUUACCCAUCCAUGGAAAUCAUGCAAGAGCGACUCCUCAUCAUAACCCAAGAGCACGUUUAUCGCAGCUUUGGCACCUGGUGAAAUGCCUGGGUUUAGACGGGUGCUCUUUUAACUGCACAUAGAAAGAAUGAGAAAAAGCUAUCAAAAAAAGGAGGAGGAAGAAGAAGAAAUCAGGUUGUACAGAUAGGGGUUUUCAGUCGGUCGGUUUCUUAUAAUGUAAGGGAGGUGCAUUGUUAGGGUUCGAUCUCUACAUUCCCCGCCGUCGUCUCGUUACCAUACAGAGGCUCGAUUCCAUUGGUCUGGUCCCUUUUUUUGUUGUUUCGACGGGUCGGUCUGUUAAUAUAGGGUCCUCAAGCAUAUGAAAUAAUGGUCUGGAGGCAUAGAAAGGAAGCAUAAAAGUGAAUUUCUGUGCUUCCUUCCAUAAGACUUCUCCCCCCUUUAGUUAUUAAGUAUUGACAUUGAGUCUAAAAGAUCUAGUCCUUUUUUUGCUGUUUUUGCUGCAAGGAAGCAGAAUCACCUAUGUUUGGUUUUUGGACAGAGAGAUUCGGUUGCAACGGAAAGGAUGGAGUGGGAGGAUUAUAUGUCCUUUGAAGUGAUUGAUUGAUGUUGGAAAGUGGAAACCUCUACCGUUGGUUUCUGCAUUGUCUUGUUGCCUAUGUUUGUGUUUAGUUUUUAAGGCACUUUCGGGGACUGCUGUCGUGGAGUAACUUAACAAAAUAUUACCACCAAAA